AAAAAGUUUCCAUUUGCCGGCAAAAUGGCGCUCAAGCUGAGACGAGCUGUCACCCCUCUCACUCCCUCCACCACACUCCCUCUCCGCCGCCUCUGCGCCGCCGUCCUCGACGGCCCGAGCUCCGUCUCCGACGACCAACUCCCGACCCUCGAGCCCUCGAGCGACGCCGAAUCGAUAUCCCAAAUCCUCCUCUACCACCACAACCCCUUCCACGCCAUGGAGUCAUCGCUCCAGCUCCACGGCGUCUCUCUCUCCCCUCCUCUCCUCCACCAAACCCUCCUUCGCCUCCACCACAAUUCCAAAAUUGCCAUCGCCUUCUUCAACUACGCCAAGUCCCUCCCCGACCCGCCUCUCACCUCGACAUCCUACAACCUCCUCAUCGACAUCCUCUCCAAGGUGCGGCAAUUCGACGCCGUUUGGCAGCUCAUCGUCGAGAUGGACCAGAACAACCUCAACCCGACUACUACCACUUUCUUUAUCCUCAUACGAAGGUUGAUCGCCGCCGGGCUCACGCGCCAGGCCGUCCGUGCAUUCGACGACAUGUGGAGCUUCGUUGAGCAUAGAGCAGGCAAUAAGGAUUACUAUUACUUACUUGACACGCUUUGUAAGUAUGGGUACGUGAAACUGGCUGUGGAGAUUUUUAACAAGAGGAAGUCUUGCGGAGAUUUUGACCCAGAUGCUAAAAUGUAUACAAUCUUGAUUUAUGGGUGGUGCAAGAUUGGCAGGAUAGACAUGGCGGAGAGGUUCUUGAAUGAUAUGAUAGAGCGUGGGGUCGAGCCUCAUUUGGUGACGUACAAUGUGUUGUUGAAUGGGAUUUGUAGGAGAGCGAGCUUGCAUCCAGAUGUGAGGUUCGAGAGGACAUUGAGAGCUGCUGAUAAGGUAUUUGAUGAAAUGCGUGACAGAGGGAUCGAGCCUGACGUUACUAGUUAUUCCAUUGUGUUGCACGUGUAUAGUAGGGCACAUAAGCCGCAUUUAUUGCUUGAUAAGAUGAAGAUGAUGAAGGAGAGGGGAAUUAGCUUGAGCGUGGCGACAUAUACUUCUGUAGUCAAAUGUCUCUGUUCAUGCGGGAGGAUCAACGAUGCUGAGGAGUUGCUUGAGGAGAUGGUGAGGAAUGGGGUGAGUCCAUGCGCUGCAACGUAUAAUUGCUUUUUUAAGGAGUAUAGGGGAAGAAAAGAUGUCGACAGUGCGCUAAAGUUGUAUAGGAAGAUGAAGGAAGAUAAUGUCUGUGUGCCCACUAUGCAUACGUACAACAUUCUCAUAGCCAUGUUUGUCAAGUUAGAUAAGAUGGAGAUCGUGAGGGAAAUUUGGGAGGAUAUGAAGAGAAAUGGUAUGGGGCCAGAUCUAGAUUCUUAUACCUUAUUGAUUCAUGACUUGUGCGAGAAGCAGAAAUGGAGGCAAGCUUGUACAUUCUUUGUGGAGAUGAUCGAGAAGGGCUUUCUUCCUCAAAAGGUUACCUUUGAGACACUUUACAGAGGCUUGAUUCAAUCUGACAAGUUGAGAACCUGGAGAAGAUUGAAGAAGAAGCUUGAUGAGGAAUCCAUAACAUUUGGAACCGAGUUUCAAACUUAUCACCUCAAGCCCUAUAGAAGAUAAGGCAUGUCUUGAAAGAAAAGGCUUCUAGUCUUUGAGGUUUAUCAACCAUCGGCUUCACUCAUUCUGCUGUCAUAUGUGGAGCAUAGAACUUUAUAGAUUGUUGCUUCUUA